AUGAACACAAGGGACAUUUCAAGUUUUAAUUUCUUGUGUGUAAUAGGAAAAGGAACGUAUGGAAUUGUAUAUAAGGCGCUGGACAAAAAGGAUAACAACUUUGUAGCAAUCAAAAAAAUAAUAAAUCUGUGUGAUGAUAAUUAUGGCAUAAGUAAAAGCAUCUUACGGGAACUAACCAUACUUCAAAAAAUAAAACACAAAAAUAUAAUUGGCUUAAAAAGUAUUUUUUACGGGAAAGAUAUCGAAGAAAAACUGAAGGGCGAAAACUUAGAGAAUUCCUGCCUAUAUCUGGUUUUUGAAUACUGUAAUAUUGACUUACUUAAUUUUACAAAAAAAUACAAUUUGAAUUUUAAGGAAAUUAAGUAUAUAAUAUUUGAAUUAUUAUUGGCUAUAUGUUAUUUGCACUCAAACAACUAUUUGCAUAGGGAUAUAAAACCUGAGAACAUUUUUAUCAAUUCCAAUGGGGAAAUAAAAUUAGGGGACUUAGGUUUGUCAGUUGAGAAAAGUGACAACAUGACCCCUACUGUUGUAACCCUUUGGUAUAGAUCCCCAGAAAUUUUAUUACAGUCAAAAAAUUAUGACCAGAAAGUUGAUGUAUGGAGUAUAGGUUGUCUGUUUGUGGAAUUGAUAUUAGGCAGGCCGCUAUUUCCUGGGAAGAACGACCAAUCUCAACUUGAAUUAAUUUAUUUAACUCUUGGAGAUAAAAAUAAGUUAACAACUGAGGAUGCGGAGAGACACAAUAUGUUUCCUUAUUUUGAGACGAAUAUAUUAAAAAGCGCAAUACCUGAACAAGCAACUGCUGAUUUAAUUUCAAAAAUGCUUAUAUAUGACCCCCGCUACCGAAUAUCAUCAAAAGAAGCCCUAAAGCACAACUGCUUCAAUGACAUUGAAGAAACAAAUCUAUCUCAUGUUCUUUAA